GUUGGAGUAGAAGAACAUCAUGCUGUUGACAUUGACCUGUAUCACUGUCCCAACUGUGCAGUACUACAUGGUUCCUCCUUGAUGAAAAAGAGGAGAAACUGGCACAGGCAUGACUAUACAGAAGUUGAUGAUGGUUCCAAACCAGUGCAAGCUGGAACUAGGACUUUUGUUAAGGAAUUACGAUCUCGAGUCUUCCCAAGUGCCGAUGAUAUCAUUGUAAAGAUGCAUGGCAACCAGCUGACACAAAGAUACCUGGAAAAACAUGGAUUUGAUGUCCCUAUUAUGGUCUCUAAAUUAGAUGAUCUAGGACUCAGGCUCCCACCACCUGCUUUUUCUGUGAUGGAUGUGGAACGUUAUGUAGGUGGUGACAAAGUGAUAGAUGUCAUUGAUGUGGCAAGGCAAGCAGACAGCAAAAUGACACUUCACAAUUAUGUUAAAUACUUCAUGAAUCCUAACAGACCAAAAGUGUUAAAUGUGAUCAGCCUUGAAUUUUCAGAUACAAAGAUGUCUGAAUUGGUGGAGGUCCCUGAUAUAGCCAGAAAACUUUCCUGGGUUGAAAAUUAUUGGCCAGAUGAUUCAGUCUUUCCCAAGCCAUUUGUUCAGAAAUACUGUUUAAUGGGAGUUCAAGACAGCUAUACAGAUUUCCACAUUGACUUCGGUGGAACUUCAGUCUGGUACCAUGUCCUCUGGGGUGAGAAGAUUUUUUAUUUGAUAAAGCCAACAAAUGAAAAUUUGGCACUCUAUGAAUCUUGGAGUUCAUCUGUGACCCAGAGUGAAGUAUUCUUUGGAGAUAAAGUGGAUAAAUGCUAUAAAUGUGUGGUAAAGCAGGGGCAUACCUUAUUUGUUCCUACAGGGUGGAUUCAUGCUGUGCUCACUUCUCAGGACUGUAUGGCUUUUGGGGGGAACUUUCUGCACAACCUUAACAUUGGCAUGCAGCUCAGGUGUUAUGAGAUGGAGAAAAGACUAAAAACACCAGAUCUUUUCAAAUUCCCUUUCUUUGAAGCCAUAUGUUGGUUUGUAGCCAAAAAUUUGCUGGAAACCCUGAAAGAACUGAGAGAAGAUGGUUUCCAGCCUCAGACUUAUCUAGUACAGGGAGUGAAAGCACUGCAUACUGCUUUAAAAUUAUGGAUGAAAAAAGAUCUUGUAUCUGAACAUGCCUUUGAAAUUCCAGACAAUGUGAGACCUGGACAUCUUAUUAAGGAACUUUCUAAAGUAAUUCGAGCAAUAGAGGAAGAAAAUGGCAAACCAGUUAAAUCUCAGGGAAUUCCUACUGUGUGUCCAGUUUCACGAUCCUCAAAUGAAGCAACUUCCCCAUACCAUUCCCGACGAAAGAUGAGGAAACUUCGAGAUCAUAAUAAUAUUCGAACUCCUUCUAACCUAGACAUCUUAGAGCUCCACACAAGGGAAGUUCUUAAAAGAUUAGAGAUGUGUCCAUGGGAAGAGGACAUCUUGAGCUCUAAACUGAAUGGAAAAUUCAACAAACAUCUCCAACCAUCUUCCACGGUACCUGAAUGGAGAGCAAAAGAUAAUGAUCUACGACUGCUGCUGACAAAUGGAAGAAUAAUUAAAGAUGAGAGACAGCCCUUCGCAGAUCAGAGUCUCUACACAGCAGAUAGUGAAAAUGAAGAGGAUAAGAGAAGGACAAAGAAGACCAUUAUGAAGACAGAAGAGAGUUCAAGAAUAGACAGGAUAGAAAGCGAAGAAUCUCGAAAACCACUUAACAGGUUUUUUACAAGUGUGAAAUCAGAACUCAGGAAUAGAUCAUCAGAAUAUUCUGAUAUUUCUGAUUCAGAAGACUCUGGAGCUGAUUGCACUGCACUGAAAAUUAAUUUUACCACUGAAGAGUCCGAAAGUUCAGGCGAUGAAAAGAAACAAGAAAUAACAUCAAAUUUUAAGGAGGAAUCUAAUGGGAUGAGGAACUUCCUACAAAAGAGUCAGAAGCCAUCUAGAAGUGAAAUUCCAAUUAAAAGGGAAUGUCCUACCUCGACAAGCACAGAGGAAGAAGCUAUUCAGGGCAUGCUGUCUAUGGCCGGGUUGCGCUAUUCCACGUGUUUACAAAGGCAGAUGCAAAGCACAGACUGCGGUGGUGAGAAGAACUCUCUCCAGGAUCCUAACAGCUGCCACAGCAGUAACCAUGAAGUUAGGCAGUUGUAUCGCUAUGAUAAACCAGUAGAAUAUGGAUACCAUGUCAAGACUGAAGAUCAAGACUUGAGGACUUCUUCCUGGGUUAAACAAUUUGAUAGAACUUCCAGAUUUAAUCCUCAGGACCUAAGCAGAAGCCAGAAAUGCAUCAAAAAGGAAGGUUCAUCAGAAACCAGUCAGAAGGUGCAAAGUAGGAAUUAUAUGGAGAGCAGUGGCUCAGGUCUUCAGAAUGGAAAGUACAUGCAGAAUUCCAUCUUGCUUUCAGGGGCAUGCCAGAUGAGUAAUGGCAGCCUAAGCCCAGAAAGGCCAGUUGGUGAAACUUCCUUUUCAGUGCCCCUUCACCCCACCAAGAGACCUGCAUCAAAUCCACCACCUAUCAGCAACCAGGCAACAAAAGGUAAACGUCCUAAAAAAGGAAUGGCAACAGCCAAACAACGUCUUGGAAAGAUCCUUAAGUUGAACAGAAAUGGCCAUGCACGUUUCUUUGUGUGACAGAGCCACUGUUGCAGCCACUCUUCACUUUGGAGACCAGUCUUGGGGUGCAGAAGCCUGGAGCUUCCACCACCCCCUGCCUGGAACAUUUGCGUGUACAGUAAGAACACUGCCCGAAGAACGGAAUGAACCUGAUGCUGCAUUUUCACUGUGCCACACCCACUCAGCAAUAACCCUUUGGACCUGGUGGGGGAGAGGAAGAAGGAGGGUAGAACCUUAAAAAGAGACCUCGAACUGGAAAGGGUCUCUUGUCAGGGCUUGAAUUUCAUUUUGUUGUUGGUAGUGUCUUGAUUUAUUUUCAGUAGUAGGGUAAAGAAUUAUCAAUAAUUUAUUUAACAGAUUUUUUUUAAAGUUAACAGCUUUUAAAUUCUUUCUUUUUUAAAGCUAUUUAUUUGGAAGAUUUCUGGAGAAAUAUCUCACUAAUUUAGAUUUAAGAAUGUGAAGGUUUUUAAAUUAUUUUUGAUAGUGUGUGUGUUACAUGUGGGAAAGAGCCACGGUAACAGUAACUAGUCUGGACUCUUAAAUUUGAUAUUCAGGUUAAAGUCUUAAACAGGGAUUUGAUGCAUUAAUUAUUUUAAAUUAAGAUGUAUAUGAAAAUCAUUUUAUUUUAUAUAUUUCAUGUGUUUUUUAUAAGCUAUUAGCUUCGCUUUUGCUAACAUUCAAGGUGCAUACUGUUAUCCAGGUUGAUUCCCUUAUACCCCACCUUCCCUCUGCACCCCCCUGUCAUUUUGUGAUGACUCUUCAAGACUCUUCUCUUUGCAGGGAAAUACUUCCAUAGCCAAUGUGUAAGAACUUCAUAAAAGAUCCCUCAUUUCUCAUUUCCUUUGACAUUGUGGUUUUCUUCUAAGUAUAAAGAACUAGGCUUCUUAUGUUUUCA